AUGGCCCCUCGCGUUUCCUCCAAGACCUACAAGGUCCCCCGUCGCCCCUUCGAGUCGGCCCGUCUUGAUGCUGAACUCAAGACCGUCGGCGAGUUCGGUCUGCGCAACAAGCGCGAGGUGUGGCGUGUCCAGCUCACCCUCUCCAAGAUCCGUCGUGCUGCUCGUGAGCUCCUUACUCUCGACGAGAAGGACCCCAAGCGUCUCUUCGAAGGCAAUGCCCUCAUUCGCCGUCUUGUCCGCAUCGGUGUGCUCGAUGAGGGCCGCAUGAAGCUCGAUUACGUCCUUGCCCUCAAGGCUGACGAUUUCCUCGAGCGCCGUCUCCAGACCUGCGUCUACAAGCUUGGUCUCGCCAAGUCCAUCCACCACGCCCGUGUCCUGAUCAAGCAGCGUCACAUCCGCGUCGGCAAGCAGAUCGUCAACGUCCCCUCGUUCAUGGUCCGCCUCGACUCCCAGAAGCACAUCGACUUCUCUCUCACCUCUCCCUUCGGUGGUGGCCGUCCCGGCCGCGUUCGCCGCAAGAAGGCUGCUGCCGCCGCCGGUGGUGAGGACGCCGAGGAGGAGGAGGAGGAAUAA